AUGGUGGAGUACUUUGAAGAAGACGAGUUUUACUUGGUUUUUGAGAAACUGAGAGGCAGUUCUAUCUUGACACACUUCAGUGAACAGGAGGCCAGCAUAGUGGUGCAGAACAUCGCCAGUGCUCUAGACUUUCUACACAACAAAGGUUGUUGUGGUUCAGCUGAAUACAUGGCCCCUGAUGUAGUUGAGGUGUUUAAUGAAGAAGCUAGCAUCUAAGACAAGUGAUACCCUCUCUUUGUUGGUCGCUGUGGAACAGACUGUGGUUGGGACUGGGGAGAGCCUUGCCAAACCUGCCAGAGUAUGCUAUUUGAAAGUAUUCAAGAAGGUAAAUAUGAGUUUCCAGAGAAAGACUGGGCACAUAUCUCCUCCAGAGCCAAAGACCUCAUAUCCAAACUGUUGGUGAGACAGGCAGCUGAAGUGCUGCAGCACCCAUGGGUUAAAGAGUGUGCACCCAAUGUGUCUGCAUCCAUACUACAUAAGAGGGACGGUCGGGCUGAGGACCUGAUGUUCUUCGCCGGGCAGGCUGUAGCCAUGAGCAGGCAACUGGCUGAGAGGGAUGAAAGCAAAGAGCAGUUGCAGCUGGAGAGGAGCUGUCCUCUCAUUCUCUUUUACGGCAGCUCUGGGUCUACGCUGCUGUCUCCUGCCUCCCGGUCCAAGCUUUCCCGUCACAGGAACCAGCAUAGAGGGCCGGUGUGUGCAGCCGAGCUCCGCCAGCUCCUCGCCCCUCUUGUUAUUGUGGGUGAUUGUGACUGA